AUGAAACAACUCAAUGAUUACAAUGACACUAUUGAACAAGUUCUUCCUAUGUCUAUGGAAGAGGAGUAUCCACCUCAGACAGAGACACAAGAUGGGGAUGAAGAAAAUAUCCCUGAGACACAACCAGAAAGUGAGGAAGAAGAAGAAGGCAUUAAUGACACCCAUGAAUUACCAGUACACCUUAGGAUUGUGAAAAAAAGAAGGCCCUCUGAGAGGAUUGUUAAAACCAAGCUGAAGAAGAUGGGAUGUGUUGGGACUUCUUCAAAUUCACCAUUGGAGUUGGAUUAG